CGCAACCAAGGCGUGCAAUUGAGGAAUCAAAGUUCUGGCAGCGUUUGAGGAAGCGGAGUUCAGCAGCGUUCGGGGAAGCGGAGUAGAGUACGCCAUAGCGGGUUUUUCAGUGCGAGGAGGGAAAUGGACGUGGUGAGCCACGUGGCGGCGCGUGAGGGGUUGACGGAGACCGAGAAGGGUUUGCUGGUCACUGUCCUGACGGCGGUAUGCAGGCAUGUGCAAACAACAGGGGAGGCGCGUUUGCGGUCUCUCCGGCGAAUGCGGCGGCAGACGGAGGUGGCCAUGACGCGGGCAAUGGCUGACUCGGGCACGCCGCCUGUUUCAUGGGACGCGCCUUUUCUCAUGGCCAAUGCCAUUGUCGCCGGCGUGCUUCCGCGGGAGACUCCGCGGUGGUGGGUAAGAAGGAGGACCGGAGGAACGUGGGAGGAUCUUAGCAUAUCAGACGAUGUGACGACGGAUUACUACCAUGAGAAGCUACGCAUGAGCAAGGAGGUCUUCCAGGACAUCGUCGCGGCAUGCACACCCUUUCUUCAUCGGCAGGUCACGCACUAUCGUCAACCACUCCAGCCCGACCAUAUUUUUGCUUACGCGCUGUAUAGAUGGGCUUCGGGAGAGACCUUCGACAGCGGGACUUGUUCAUUCGGCAUCGGAAGAGCAACCGACAUCAAGGCUGUCAGGGAUGUGACGGACGCAAUCUUGGCGGCGUACUUGGACAUUAUAGGGAUGCCCGUCGGUCGACACCAGCGGCAGGUGAUACGUGCUUUCGGAGCGAAAGGGUUCCCGAACUGCUUCGGGGCCAUAGACUGCACACAUGUAUACGUGGACAAGCCCGCGAACGCGCCGGCCGAGGAUUACUUCGACCGGAAGCAGCAGUGCUCCAUCGUCGCGCAGGUCGUCGUGGAUCUUGAAAAGCGUGUGCUCGACGUUUUCUGCGGCUAUCCGGGUACCGUGCAUGAUGCAAGAGUGUUGUGGAACUCGUCACUGUACAGGCGUGCUAUGACGGGGACUCUAUUCAACGCAGAACCUGUGAUCCUGCUCGGAGGGGUUAGCACAACCGGCUAUCUGUUGGGGGACAACGGCUAUGGGCCCAUGAAAUAGAUCGUGGUCUCGUACGGUGGGGUGGAGCAGGUGCCGGAUGUGGCGUUGUUUGACGCAAAACAAAAGACGGUUAGAGGA